UUUGAACCAGACCAAAUCACAGCACAGCCACACAGGCACCAAAUUUGUCUUCCGGAAAGCUCCGUUUUCUCCCUCCGUCCCUCCUCUCCGAAGGGUCUUCUCUGCUCCUCUCUCGGUUUAAGAUCGCUGCUUUGUCCCUUGGGGUGGGGUGUUGCGCGGCGGAGGGGAGGCGGCAGUGGAAGGUGGUGUUGGCACCGACGACUGUGGGGUGUCGACUUCAGCUGAGUGGGUUUUCGCCAGCCGUGGAGAGGAAAUGCCGAUGAGUCGAGGUUGUCAGAUUCGCACCUGGCCAGAGCGGCCGGAUCUAUGAUGAGCGAGGGCGAGUUCGGCUUGCAGUUCGUGGGUGGUCUGAUCCGUCCGGGAAGCAGGGGAGGCGGCGGCUCUUUGUUGCGUAGAAGCAAGCGCCAUGGCGACCGCCAAGCGUGCUUACAAACUACAGGAAUUUGUUGCACAUUCCUCCAAUGUGAAUUGUCUAAAGAUAGGAAGGAAGACUUCGAGGGUUCUGGUUACUGGAGGAGAGGAUCACAAGGUCAAUCUUUGGGCUAUUGGAAAACCCAACGCUAUAUUGAGCCUAGCAGGACAUAUGAGUGCAGUUGAAUCCGUAAGUUUUGAUUUGUCGGAGGUACUAGUGGCUGCAGGUGCAGCUAGCGGUUCAAUAAAGUUGUGGGAUUUGGAAGAAGCAAAAAUUGUUCGUACUCUCACAGGCCACAGGUCAAAUUGUAUAGCAGUUGAUUUUCAUCCAUUUGGUGAAUUCUUUGCCUCUGGAUCACUAGAUACAAAUCUAAAAAUAUGGGAUAUCAGAAGAAAAGGAUGUAUCCAUACUUACAAAGGUCAUACUCGAGGAGUUAAUGCCAUUAAAUUCACUCCGGAUGGGCGGUGGGUCGUUUCUGGUGGGGAAGAUAACACUGUGAAGCUUUGGGAUCUUACUGCUGGAAAACUUCUGCACGAUUUCAAAUUUCAUGAGGGUCAGAUUCAGUGCAUUGAUUUCCACCCCAAUGAAUUUCUACUGGCAACAGGCUCAGCUGAUAGAACUGUUAAGUUUUGGGAUCUUGAAACUUUUGAGUUAAUAGGAUCUGCUGGACCUGAGACUUCUGGUGUGCGUUCUAUGAUCUUUAAUCCUGAUGGGAGAACUUUGCUUUGUGGACUGCAUGAAAGUCUCAAGGUUUUUUCUUGGGAACCAAUAAGAUGCCAUGAUGCUGUUGAUGUGGGGUGGUCUAGAUUAUCAGAUAUGAAUAUUCAUGAAGGAAAACUUCUUGGAUGUUCAUAUAAUCAAAGCUGUGUUGGAGUGUGGGUUGUGGACCUCUCUCUCAUUGAACCAUAUGCAAUUGGUGUUGCUGCCAAUUUAAAUGGGGAAGCAAAGUCUAUCCUAAGUGGUAAUUUAUCUAUGCAAACUGAUAGUAAUAUAAAGUCUAAUAUGGGGAAGCUAUCCAUUUCACAAAGUUCAGAACCUAAUCCUAAGGAGACAAAAUUGCCACCCUCAAGUACAGGCAUCCUUAGCACUCCUCAAAAGGUAGGGACAAGUGGUGCCCCCAAAACAACUGCUACAGCACCUUCAGCGGUUGCUUCUAUUACUGCAAAAAGAAGUUCAACAAAAUCUAAUGUUGCCACAAGUCUGCAGGCCAUCAACAAAACAAAUAUUAUACCUGUUAUUGUCCCCAGAAGUAGCCCUAGGCCAGAUUUAUCCUCUGAUUCUGCAUCCUCUGAUUCUGCUAAAGAGACUGAUGUUGGAAGGACAAUACAAUCUGAUAUCCAGUCAAAAUUUUCUAGUUUCAGAAAUGCACCAAACAUCAGAGAAGAUUCUGACAAAGCAGAUGUCUCGAAGUCUGGAUUUGUGGCGAGUAGAAAUACUGAGCAGCAUGAACUUCUGGGCCAAAAUGCUAUAUCUUCUGGCAUUUCCAUAACACAAGCAUUGACAGUAGCUGGAGCAAACAACUUGGAUGAUGUUAGACAUGUUGCAACAGCAAGGGCCAGAACUAAUUUAUUCAGAGAGACAGUUUCAAAUUAUGAUCAGGAAACUUACAACAUUAGAGUCCAAAAGCCAAUGGAAGCAUCUUCUUUUGUAGUUCCCAAAGGAGGAAGAACAAGGUCGCUUGUAGCAAAUUUUGAAAGGAGGGAUCAAAGUAGGGCACAAUCUCCAAGCUAUGGACCAAGCUUAAGUAGUUCUCCUGAGACAGGAGUUGGAGCUAUCUCAAAUUCUUUGAGUCAAAAUCAAUAUACUGAAGAAGAAACCUUAUCUGCUUCGGAUGAGAAUUCUAUUGCAUUUUUAUUGAAAAAACAUCACCAAUUUUUAAAUUUGGCCCGAACUCGGUUGACCAAAUUACAGGUAGUUCACCGACUUUGGCGAAGAAAUGAUGUUAAAGGUGUCAUAGGUGCUAUUGAGCGAAUGUCUGAUCAUAGUGUCUCUGCUGACAUAGUCAGUGCUCUCAAAGAUAAAAGUGAUGUUAUCACUUUGGAUAUAUGCACAUCCCUCCUGCCACAUCUCACCAGCCUUAUCGAAAGCAAGAUGGAUAGGCAUUUGAGUGUUUCCCUGGAAAUGUUGCUGAAGCUGAUCAGGAUUUUCGGUCCUGUAAUCCGUUCAACUUUGUCGGCGGACCCAUCUUCUGUUGGUGUUGAUCUUCAAGCAGAACAGAGGUUGGAACGAUGCAAUUUGUGCUUCAUUGAGCUGGAGAAGGUCCAGCAAAAAAUUCCUUCCAUGACAAGAAAAGGAGGAUCCAUUGCAAAGACUGCACAAGAACUGAAUCUUGCUCUCCAGGAAGUGCUAUGACUAACAUAUACAUACACGUCUAUAUAGUUGAUUUGCCAUCUUGAGUCGAUCAUCAUUGAGCCGCCUAUUGCUUGCCUGCGCCUGUAAGGGAUCCAAGUAUUUAAUCUGCUGGAGGGAUUGGAUCCUGUCAUGCAGCACAUCAAAGAAUAUCAAUACAACCCCAGUUGAACUUGCAGUUCGGCAGUGACCGAACGGAACACAUUGAAAAUGAACUGCAAUGUCACCCAUAAGAGGUUUGAUAAAUUGAAGAGCAUUGUGUGUUUUGUGUUUUCCUACAUGAUAUGGUUGUUUGUAGCACAAGUUUCAAUUUGCUCCAUUGAAUUGUGUAGAUCAUUAGGAUGAGAAGGCCACAGAACAACUCCUUUUCAUUUCCUUGUAAAAGUUUCUUGUAUCCCGCAUCACAGUGAAAAGAAGAAAAAAAAAAUUGCCUCCGUUAGGUAGUUACAAUGAAA